AUUUUUUGGUAUAUAAAAGCGAUUCGAAGUUCAAAACAUCUAAAUUCUGAAAGUGUGUGGUUUAUUUAUCUUUUAAGAAGUUUAAUUUAUAUUUUUCUUUAACAAUGUCUGCCACUGUUAGGGCUCAUUCAACAAAUGAAAAUUUCAAGAAUAAUGAAAAAUUGGGUGUAAUUGAUCCAAGUGAACUGUUACGACCUGAACCAGCAUUCGCAAAAAAACCAGUUGGACAAUUCCGUGAUUACACUGUUGAUGAAAGUGAUCCAAUCAAGGAACGUGUACGCCGUACUUAUUAUGAAAUGCACACAAAUCAAACUGUGGAUUUCGUUAAAGGUCGAAUGGGAAAAUGGUUGAAAUUUAACCAUUUCAAAGCAACAGUUCGAGAAGCAUUGGAAAAAUUAAAUGAUUUAGUUGAUGAAAGUGAUCCAGAUUCAAAUAUUCCAAAUAUUGUUCAUGCAUUCCAAACAGCUGAACGUAUUCGUCAUGAACAUCCAGACUUAGACUGGUUCCAUUUAACUGGUUUAAUACACGAUUUGGGAAAAGUAAUGGCUUUCUAUGGUGAACCACAAUGGGCUGUAGUUGGUGAUACGUUUCCAGUAGGUUGUGAAUGGGGAAAAUCGAUUGUAUACCGCGAUGGAUCCUUUGAUAAAAACACGGAUGGAAAUGACAGUCGCUACAAUACAAAAUAUGGUAUGUAUGAGGCCCAUUGUGGAUUGGAUAAUUUAACAAUGUCUUGGGGUCACGAUGAAUAUUUAUAUCGGGUUUUGAAACACAACAAAUCAACAUUACCAGAAGAAGGUUUACACAUGAUUCGAUACCAUUCAUUUUACCCAUGGCAUGCCGGUGGUGACUAUGCACAUUUAUGCAACGAAAAAGAUCAGGAAAUGAUGGCAUGGGUUCUCAAAUUUAAUACAUUUGAUUUAUACACCAAAAGUGAACAUAUUCCAGACAUUGAAGCUUUAUGGCCAUAUUACGAGAGUCUAAUCGACAAAUACAUACCAGGCGUAUUAGAAUGGUAAAAUUAUCGGGGGAAAAAAGACUUAACUUAAAAGACGUAAUAUAAUUAAUUGAAUAUUAAUUGUUAAAAGAAAGUAUCAAUUAUGCAAUUUUAAUAAUUAAAAUUCAAUUAGUUUCAAUGAUUUAAUUUAUUUGUGAGAAGAAAUGGAUUUUGUUGAUUUUAUUUUGCCUAAAUUUAAAUUAAGCGACUAUUCGACCGAAUGCAUUACAUACAAAGAAACUCGACCCAGCAAUUCUGUGGAAUGUUCGAAGGCAAAAAUAUUGAUUUAACUUGAUUCGCAGAAAAGUACCUACAGUAUACCUAAUACGUAUACAAAUUAAUUUUUUUAUUAUAUAAUUAAAUUUUUUUAAUUAAUAAAAUACAUAUGCUCUAAAAUAUAAGACGGAAAAUGUGGAAAAAUGAUUAAAUUCUUUAAUUGUUUUGACAUAAAUUCAAGAUUUCGUAUUGGGAAAAUCAUUUUGCCAAACGCAAAUCAUAAUAGGCUUAAACUUGGUUUCGACAGUCGUUGAAUAAAUAAUAGCUGUAUAUUAGAAAAUCAUAGAAAUUUACAAAAAUACUGUUCAAAUGUAUUAAUGAACUAUUAAAUAAAAAUUAGCCCAUGGCAAAGAACACCACUGCUUUUUCAAGAUUUAAGCCUAGUUAAGACUGGUUUACGCCAUUAGUGAUUUCCCCAAUAAUGACAGUUUGGUUUUUAAAAAUUAUUUGCUAUUAUAGAUACUAAAAAAGAACUUGCCUUAGAAAUUUACGGCUGCGUUCUAGAUGUUUAUUUUAGAAUUUAAU